CCCGGAAGUGUUAUUGACAAUAUGAUUGGUCGAAACAAUCGGUGUGCGUCUGCCGCAAACACGUUGUUCUGUCAUGGUGGCUUGUGUAUGUAGGAGCGUCCAGACUUCUCCACGUCUCUGUCAGUCUGUGUCCAUCGUGUUACUCCAUAAGUAGGCUGUUCCAACGCUGAGCUGAUCCUGUGAAGAAAGUGGAUGUCCAGGUAGACGGCGGUGAUCAGCUACUAUGAAGCUAUGGAAGCGCCACCUGAGAUAAACAACAUGUCCAUUGGGGUGCUGUCCCGAGCAACAAAAUGGGAACUGUCUCUUCUAUUAAAUGAUACAUCAGAGACGCUUGUCGAAGGCCGAGUGAUGGACUACCGAGGUCUGGCGGAGUUAUACGGGAAAGGCUUCCAGUUCAUCUCCGAGCUGGAGGAGAAGAGAGACCCAAUGGCGACUCUGCUUACGUCGCUGACGGGGAAGGAUGCGUUGUUGUCGAUACUGUGGGAGAAGCUAGGACACCUAGGAAGGACUGACGUUCAGAGAAGAUGCCGUGACCGUUUCUGUCAGGAUGUGGUGGCAUGGCAGCAGCGAAGGCCUAGAGACAGAGCAGAAGCGGAGCAAAUUAAGAAUGAGAGGAAACGGAGCCAGAUUCAAGCGUUCUUUAAAGACCCAGCCUUUGAUCAACCCCAAGCUCUGGAGCAAAGAGAAUUAACGAGUCAAGGUGGGGUGGCAUCAGCCUCUUCAGGGUCAAGUCCUGUAUCAAGGUCAAACGAGAUGAAUGCACGGUGCGCGGUGAAAAGAUCUACAGUGCAGAAAUCAGGCUCUAGACCAGUAAAUCAGAAGAUCCUCAGCACUGACGAUGACGGGACGACAUGUGCUAUGUACGACGCCUACAUCAACUGCGCCGAGGAGGACAUUGUUUUAGCGAAGAAGAUGUUGUCCGUCCUUGAAUCCUCCCCGUACAACCUACGGCUCUUCCUUCCUCAGCGGCAGCUGAUGCCUGGUGGCUGCCAGAUGGAGGACAUUGCUGAUGUUCUGAAGGAUAGGUGUCGCCGUAAAGUCAUCAUCAUCCUCACGAGAAACUAUCUUGAUUCAGAAGCAUGUCACUUUGUCACCAACUUUUCCAGAGCGUUAGAUCCAGGUGCCAAACAAAAGCAGAUCAUCCCAAUUCUAUACGAAGACAUCGGCGAGACGCCCCGGAUGUUGACAGGGCUUCAGUUUAUCUCCAAACAGAGAGACGAAAAACGAGGAUGGUUCUGGUCAAGGCUGAGGGAUGCCAUAAACAAUAACCAGGGAUGAUAAUAUUUCAGUCAUAUGUGUGAUAAUCAUUUCAACAACGGGAUGUAUGUGACACGCAUCCAUGAGACAUCUAAUGGUAGAUGCAAUGUACUGGUAGUCACGAUGAAGGACAAGUGAAGGCGAUCCAGAUGGAGGAUGUGGUUUGGUCCAAAAGGAAAGGCGGUGAUGAUCCAGACCGUGGUUCAGUCACGUGGUACCAUAUUCCAGGGCGAUAUAUAUAUACAAUGCUUCAGUCACGGAGAUCAAUGUUCCAGGCACGCGUAUCAAUGGCACGUGUUUCGGUCUCGAAAUACAGUGUAACAACGAAUGUCUGCCACAGGAGAACAUCAUUAACAAUACCAGUGAUGUGACCGUUCGACUAGAUAUGCUAUAAAUGUUAUAUAAGAACCAACGUGUAAUCCUUCGGUCGGAGCACAUAGUUUUUUCUCUUGUAUUCGAACGACCUCACACUGGUGUGGGCUUACCAAGUCACAAACAAUGCUGCAUCGACUGCUUUGUGCAUGUUGAACGUCCGUGUUACAUACGAAAAGGAACGCACACUUCCAGAUAGUGCAGACAUUCUAUGUAUCACGGAAGUGUUUCAAAGAAACACGGACAUCAGCUAGGAAGAUAAAAUUGAUGUUUCUUUGUUACUUUGAAAAUAAAGUAUUUCACAUAG